AAAAAUAAACCCCCCUUUCUUUUUACUAUACUCGCAGUUGCCGGUCGAUUGUCCCCAUUUCCUUCUUUUAAAAAAAAAACACCACAGCCACCUCAAUCUACCUACCUACCUACCUACUUAUAUAUUUUCUUUUCUAUACACAACAUUAAAAGAAAAAUGUCUAUCUUCAAAAUCGCUCUCCUUUGCCUUCCCCUCCUCGCUAUCGUCUGUUCAGCCGCUCCAGUGCAGGCACCCGAAUCCCAGACUGUCAUCAAAGCCAUUGAUACAGAAUGGCCAAUGACUCCCGAGUACGUGAUCCGUGAUGAUAUCCAGGCCUAUUAUGAAAACACAGUUGAUGAAGUACUCAGUGUACGCAGCGAAGAUAUUCUCAACUGGCUUGCUACAACAGUCAACUCUCAUUCUACCGAGCAAACUCUCCGUCCACAAGCCAAACUCAUGGGCCUCGAUGAUGUGCAUGAUGCCUGCCUCACAAUGAUGCCAGGUUUCGUUGCCAAGCACAUCAACCAGAUCAACACUCGUCUCUAUGCUGCCGUUGAGCCCUCAGUCAACGAAUUCCUGCCUCAAUUGUGGCCCGACUAUGCCCAGACAAACCAGAUGACAGACCUCGACGCCAAAACAAUCCACCCCGAAAUCGCCUCAUCCUUAUAUUCUCUCAAUCAGGCCAUCGGAUCCCGCCUGAUGGAGAUCACGACCGAAUACAACCUGUCAGAAAAGAUUGUAGACGACAUGAAUCUCUGCAAUGCCCACUCCCAAACCGAAACUGCCUCCACCGAUCUGUGGAUGUAUGUCGCCAAACUGAUGGCAUUCCCCCGCCUCUUCCGUGACCAGCUCCCAAACCCUCGUCUGGCUGAAGAAUCUCGUCUGGCCUCCAGCUUCUCGGACACCAACAAUGGUUCGUUUAUCGAUAUCCACCUCAAGAGCGUCUACUCUAGCCUCUGGUUCGAGUUUGACAACCGCAUGAAUGACCUCUUUUCCACCAUUCAACGCGAUCUUGUCGAUGGUGCCAUUGAAGCCUAAAACCAACUUUCUCACACAUACACAUCAACAACCACAACGAAAAGAUCUUCGUCCUGAUUCUGAUCCUGGUCUCUCUCUCUCUCUCUCUCUCUAUCUCUCUAUCUCUCUCCACCUUCCAAAAAAGUUCAAAUUAUUUAAGAAAAUCGAUUGCGACUUUUUUUUUAAUGUUCAAAUAAGUCAGUUGAUCAAUCCAAUCAAUCCAAUCAAUAUAUAUACAUACAUACGUUUCGGCAGCGCUGUGCGCCAAAACUAUAACUUAAAAAAAACCCCGAUAUCAAUAGCAACUAAACAACAAGAAGUAUAAUUAAAAGCUUCUUGGUACUACUAUUAUUAUAUAUAUAUAUAAAGUGUACAUAGUCUUUCUUUUUUAUUAUAAAAAAAUAAAAACCAAACCAAACC